UGUAAUACUUCCAUCAACUUCCGCUACCAAGAUCAUCUCGUCCGCGCCAACUAUGGCAUCCAAACAGGCAUCAUCUCUUCAAGGCGAUAAAGACUCACUAGAGAAAUGUAAAUGCGCAAUUUGUAUGUAUAUUCUCAUCGAGCCUGUGACAUUUCCAUGUACCCACGAGUUUUGUAUGCCAUGUUUCAAGAAAAACGUUGAAGAAGGCAGCUUUACGUGCCCGUUAUGUCGCACACGAAUAUCCAACUGGGCUCGUAAAGCGACGAAAAACAACACACUUGUGGACCAGAAACGCUGGGAACAAGUUAAGAAAUUAUUCCCUGAAAAAGUUCAAAGACGUCUUGAUGGAUUAGACGAUGAAACUGACGACGAUGAUGUGAAUGACAACGAAGAAAUCGAUGUGCAGUACAGGCGAAUAGGGCAACUAUCCAAACCUGGAGAAAUUCGAGAAGAAUAUGAAGCAGAAGUGAAAAAGUUAGCUGAGCGAGCAGAAGAGGAAAGGAGGAGGGAAGAGGAGGCGAGUGCUGCUCUGAUACAGGAACUUGUCACUGCUGACGAACACAUUCAAGAGAAUCGAUCUAUGCUGGAGGAAAUUGCAAGACAAGAUGAAAAGUUGGCCAAAGAGCUGGCAGAACGUGUAGAUAUUACAGAUGCAGAGAAUCCAGUCCAUUCAACAUGUAAAAAGUCCAAGGGAGGUUCUUUGAAUGAAAAUCCCUCCCACCUACCUAAUGGGAAUUUUAAAGAGAAAGGGAAGCAGCUUGCAAACAAGCAAGGCAGAACAUUGAAAACAUUUUUUCGACCAUUGGCAUCUGUUGUGAACCCACAUUCUUUCAAGGAUGCUGAUUCCAAAUUGUCAGUUAAUGAAUUGCCACAGAAAAAUAGCCAAGAGAGCCAUCAGACUUUUCGACAGAGAUCACCCAGUCCAACAUUUGUUAAGACUGCUGAUGACACUGUGCUGGAGUCUGAACAUGCGUGCAAAGCCAUUUGUCAAGGAGGAGAUUGUGAGGAAACAGCUCAACACCAAAUCCAAAAAUAUGAGGCUAUGCCUGUUGAUCCAAAGGCUUCUGAUACAGCAGGAAUAAAGUUGAUGCAGAAUUUGGAUAGCAACACCGAUGAAAAAUUCAGGCAGCAGACUGCAAGAGGUUCCCUUUUGACAUCUGACCAGGGACUGACAUGUCUGGAUUAUGUCACACCACAUCCAAAACCAGCCACACACUCAUUAACACAGCAAUCAGCCGGAGUCACACUGAACCCCUUGGAUCCCAUUACUAGUACAUCUCCCUCAGUCACCCAACACAGUCCACCAUCAAGAAAAGUGACUGCAGGAGAAGAACCAGUCCCUGCUGAUAAAACAAGUAACAUGUGUUCCACCUGCAGUGGUGACGACAGCUGUGAGAAUUCUGAGUUGAGAGAAAAUGGCAAGUGUACGCAGGAGUCAGGUGCAGGUCAUGCACUCUUACCUACCGAGUUUCACACUGGACAAGACAAGACUACUGACCAGCAGAUGAUCCUUAAAAAGAAAGUGGCACAGUCAUCUCCUCCUGCCACGAAGGUAGUGCUUCAGGAAAAACUGACACCUGGGCUUUGUAGUAUUGCUACAGAGAGACAUGAGGCUUGGUCAUGGCAGGCAUUAAAUCAAGAAUUGCCAACUGCCAGCAAAAGUAAGCACAAGAUAGAAAAGGAUUUGUCACCUUCAACAUCACCUGCACCAAACAAAAAUGGCCAGUUGCUUGGGAAGGAUUUGUCAUCUAUACCUCCUAUUGUGCCAGGUCAUACUUCUCCCAUGUCAAGACUGGAUUUGAAUUCGACCACAGUGCCUGAAUGGUCAGGAGGAUUUAAUGCUGAUAUGGUUACCAGUAAUAAGGCAGUACCUUCUGUGGUACCUUCUAUCCUUGACACUGUUGAAAAUGUGACUGUCUUUAAAACAAAUUCUCAUUUAGCUGGUUCCACUGAUGAGACUUCUGCCAAUAAAUCCAUAGAAACACCCAGAAAAGUUUGCCUAGAUACAGCAACACAUGGCAUGAGCUUGGAAGAAAUUAGAGAAAAUAAAGAAAUAUGCAACCCUGCACUUUCAGAUAAAGAGAAAAAUGUCCUUGCAAAAAGUAGUUCUACCAUUUGCAGAAGAAAUGCCACCAAAACAAGAUCAUCUUCAGCAACUGUUGAAAGGAGUGACUUUCAGAACUUUAGCCCACAGCGCUCCAUCAAAGAUUGGUUAUCUCCAUCCUCAGGGAACAUGCAAAGCACUUCCAUAGAUCCUGAUUUUGGUGUUGACGCUAUUGUGGUGCUUUCUUCCUCAUCAGAAUCCACAGUGCUAAAUCCUUGUGCAGAAACUUUUAAAACUAAAACAUCUGUUCAUCUGGCUAAAUCAAAAAAAAGAUCAGCGGAGACUUUGCUUUUGUCUAGAAAUUCAAAGGGAGCAAAAUCCAAGCUUAAAACAGUUUUCAAGAAUCCUACUAAAAAGGUAUCACAAACAUCUUGCAAAAGAAAGGUUCCAAAGGAUCAGGAUAGUAACUGCUCAGACUUAUCAGGAGUGUCUCCAUCUAAGAGCAGAAAAGAUAGCAGUGACAGCAGCAAUGAAGACGAUGAAGUGGGGUUGAGCCAAGAAGAGAGAGAUUAUCGUUUUGCUUUACAGCUUCAGAAACAGUUUCGUCUUGCAGACAAACUCCAUCUCCAGGUUUUACGUUUCAAGGGCUCAAAUGAUGCAUACAGUCUGCGAAAAGGAAAUCAACACAAGUGAACUUUAUAUGGCUGAAAUGUUUUAAUAUUUCUAUGUUCGACAUACUAGAUUUUGUGAGUUUUAGUUUGGAUUUCUUCAGAGAGGCUAGAAAGCCUUUUUUAGAUAUGGUUUUACAUCCAUAAACUUAUUUAAUUCGAAAGAUAUUUCUACAAGAUUCUAAUGUUUUCAUAUAUAUUUUUAUUUAAAUAGUUUUAUUUACAUUUUGCACAAACUGCAAAAGUAUAACCACUUUGUGCCUUUUACUUCUGUUCCUCAUAAGUCAAAAUCAUAGCGAUGCAUGUGUUGCAUUUGUUCUUGUUAGCCAGUUAUUCUUUGUGAUUGCUUAUCUAUGGUGAUAAGAAACUACAAUAAAUAAUUCCGUUGAACAAUGUAUAUGAAAACUGACAUGCUAUUAAAAACUAUCCCAUAGUUUUCAGUUGAAUGAUAUUAAAAAGCCUUUGCAAUACUCGCAGUUAUUGUUAUUUAGUACCUUUCUGCAUUUUCUGUAUUUGUUUUUAUUCAUCAUUAGGACUGUUGUUUACUCUUUCAUGUGUUAUUCAUUAGUUUUCCUGUUCCUCGCAUGCUGUUCAUAUCUCAUUCUUAUUCUUAGGUGCUAAGAGUGUGAGUAUGCGCUAAAUUCCCCCUUUUCUGCAGUAAAAGUGUUUAAAAGUUCACAUGACAAGUCCGCUUAUAAAGAUUUCACCAUCAAAAACACAAUAUAUAUAAUAUAAUCUUUUAUUGUUGCCACUCCUCUUAAAUUAGAUUCAGUGUGCCAGCCCAUGUCGAGUGCAUAAUAAAAGAGAGGAAAAAAACUUGACAGAAAAAUGCAUUACUUAAUUUUUACAAAAUUUCAAAAAUUAAAAGUCAGACACACCUCACAAGUUUUACAUGACAAUUAUACAUAUUUUAUCAGUUAGGUCAGGAAUUAAAUACAGUGCUGAAGAAAACAGGUAUUUCUCCCGUCAAAGUUAAGGACAAGCAUAUCAGGCAACAAAAAUCACUUUUUUUUUUCUCUUGAUCUUUAAAAUGAAGCCCCUCAUUUAUGCCAUUAUAUUAAAAUGGGCAGUCAUGAAAUGCACACAUUUGUCCAUACUUUCCAUUCUCUUUCAACAAAAUUAAAAAUAAUAGACAGUCAUGUUUUCUUCUAUGUUAUUUAUUUGUUGUUUUAGCUCUUUCUCUCUUGUAAUCUGCUUCUUCUUUUUGGCAGAUGCAUAAGCUAUACUGGCUCCCCUAAUCUGUAAAAGUAACAUUUCAAAAAAAAGUUGAUCACUUAUUUGGAGGUGAAGAUCAGAAGGAGAAAUGGAGUCAAGUGAUUCACGACAAUAUGGUAAAGCUGUAUAUUGUUCUCUAGUCUCGCUAAUAACCUUCUUGGCUAAUUGUAUGUACUCCUCAUCUUUAAGAAGGGAUUUAUUAAACUUCCAGAAUGUCUUGCAUUUUCCAUGAUUUUUUCCUAGCUGAAGUGAUAUCAUUAUAGGGGAAUGGUCAGAUCUAUAAGAUGGUUCUAUUUUUGCUGAAGUAACUUCCCCGGCUAAUGUUUCUGAUAUCAGAAAGAAGUCUAACCUAGCCUGUUGUAGUGGGUGUCUCUUCCGCCAAGUGAAACCUUUAGUCUCAGAAUGCAUCUCUCUCCAAAUAUCAACUAGAUUAAACUCUUCAAUAAUGCUUUUUACUAUUUUCCUCGAAUUGGGAUUAUUUAUUCUUUUAUAGUUGUAAUAAUCAAGAGUUGGGUUUAACACCAGGUUCCAAUCACCAGUCAUGAUGACAUAGACUUUUUCUCGAUUAUGCAGCUUUUCUUUAAGUUCACUGUAAUAAGCUGGACUAUCAGUAUUUGGGCCAUGAAGGUUAACUAGCAGAUAAUCAGAGUCAUCAAUGCCCACUUUUAAAAUCAUAAAGUUUCCAGCUGGAUCAUUGUAUAGAUCUUUGUAUUUGUAUUCGAAGUUAUUAUUGAUUAAUAUUGCCAGACCCUUAGUGUUUGAACUGUGAGAAUUAAAGUAAACAUCAUAUCCCCAUUUUGCUUUGACAAUAUGUUCUAUUUUUUUUUUAGUAAAAUGAGUUUCUUGAAUACAGUAUACGUUGUAUUUUUUUUCUUUAAGGAAAUGGAGAAUAUCAUCUCUUUUUUUCGGGUCUCCCAAGCCUCGACAAUUCAUAGAACAUAUAGUUAACUUAUCCAUUAUUUUUAAUUAGGAAAAAAAAAAA